AUGGCAACCAUGUUUUCCAUAUAUCUUUUCCUUCUAAUAACUCUUGUCUCCAUAACAACAUCAACACCAACAAACUUCAUCAAAUCCUCAUGUAGCACAACACUAUAUCCAACACUUUGUGUUGAAUCUCUCUCUGUCUAUGCAUCAAAAAUCCAACAAGAUCCACACCAAUUAGUCCAAACAGCUUUAUCACUUAGUCUCAACAGAACUCAAACCACAAAAGCCUUUGUUAGAAAGUGCAAGUAUUUCAAGAAUCUUAAACCAAGAGUAUAUGCUGCAAUUCAUGAUUGUGUUGAAGUCAUAGGUGAUGGUGUUGAUAGGCUUAGCAGUUCAUUGAAAGAGCUUAAACUUUGCAAGAUCAAGAGUCAAGAUUUCAAUUGGCAUAUAAGUAAUGUUGAGACAUGGGUUAGCUCAGCUUUGACUGAUGGAAGCACUUGUAGUGAUGGGUUUGGUGGAAAAGCACUUGAUGGAAGAAUCAAAAGCUCUAUUAGAUCUAGAAUGGUUGAUGUUGCUCAAGUUACUAGUAAUGCUCUUUCACUCAUUAAUCAAUAUGCUGCUAAUCAGUAG